AUGCCAAACAUCUCCCCAAUCUACAACAUUACCAGCCACUCGGGCCACCCCACCUUCACCCUCACCUCCCAAUCCAUCCCGCACUUAAAUCUCCGCCUCCGUACCACAUCCGACAUCCCCAGCGUAACAGCCAUCCUAAACAACAAAGCAAACUCACAGUUCGACAAAUCCAUCUCUACUGCUACACCCGAGGAAUUAGCUUCCAUUGCUGAACGAUGGACAACCGUCACCAAACCAUUGACGUACUUCAAUUUUCUCAUUUUUCAUAAUGAAUUCAAGGAACCGCUCGGUAUUGCGGGGUUAGGUUGGAUUGGGCCUGUUCAUAGCAAUGACGACAAAGAUGACCAUAGCGAGAAUGAGCCGCAAGGAAGAGCUGGUGCAGCAGGUAUAAUACUUCAACCCUUCGCGGGGGGAAAGGGAUACGGGUACGAAGUUUUGCGGAUGGUCUUUGACUAUGGGUUACGCGAGUUGGGGCUUGUGGAGAUUCGGGUGGGCAGUUAUUCAGGGAAUGUUGCGAUGCGGGGGUUGAUGGAGGGCAAGUUUGGAUUUAGACCGAGGGAUGCGGGGGUAAACGGGGAGGUGGAUGAGUUUGGGAAUAAUCUUUUGUGGAUUGUGAGGAGGGAGGUGUGGCUGGGGGUUAAUAGGAAUAGCAAGUAG